AUGAGGAGGUAUGACGGUACAAGCGAUCCCCAGGAGAACGUCCUGACAUACCAGGCGGCUAUGAUGCUCAUUGGGUCGUCGGACGCCCUGAUGUGUCGCGCGUUCUUCUCUACGCUGUCAGGGGGGGCGCAGCGAUGGUUCACGAACCUGAAAGGCGGCUCGCUAGGCUCGUUCCAAGAUCUGGCCACCGGGUUCAUUACCCAUUUCCUGAGAGGGAGGAGGCGCAAGAAGCACUUCACGCAUCUCGCUAGCGUUAAGCAAGGGGAGAAUGAAACCCUUACCCAGUUCCUCGCACGGUGGAGGAAGGAGGAAGCCGAAGUGGAGGACAUGGACGACCGGUUUGCGAUGGUCAUGUUCAUUGCAGCCCUCCGUGCUGGGGAACUGUACAAGAGCCUCCGCCGCAAGGCCCCCGGCUCGUACGCGACCUUAAUGAUGAAGGCAGACUGGUACGCCGAAGCUGAAGAGGCCAACCGCAUGAAGCGUAUAGAAGAGCACGGCAGCAGCAAGAAGCCGCAGAUCGAGGAACCACCAUGCUCUAAGAAGGGAGCUGGUUACUCGCAGGAGAGUCCAGAGGAUAGGAAGUGUCAAUUGGUGAAAACAUUUGGUCCCAACCCUGUCCCCCCGGGUGCAGACACAACGAGAUAUUGCAAAUUUCACCGCCGCUACGGCCACGCCACCAAUGAUUGUCAGGCAUGGAGAAAAGAGAUAGAGUUCCUCAUACAAGCAGGGAAGUUGACGAAUUUCAUAGACUGGGAGCGGUUGGCUGCGAGAAACACUAAACGUUCGACGGUUGGGCCUGCAGGGGAGGCUAAAGAGAAAUCGACUGACUCCAGGGAAGGCCCGGGGAAGCGCCCAGUGAUCAAUGUCAUCUUUGGAGGAGGGGCCUCGAGGGUAGAUGGUGGCUGUUAUGUAGGUGCGGUGGACGAACACCCCCCGUUGAAAAGGCCCCGCCGAGAACCAAUUUGGUUUUCAGACAAUGACUUGCCAGCACGGGAGACUACCCCGAAAGACGCACUCGUGGUCGCCAUGGUGGUCAACGGGGUCUGCGUCAAGCGCGUGCUUGUGGACACAGGCAGCAGUGUCAACGUAAUGUAUCACGACGUGUUCGUGAAGUUAGGAUUGAGCGAGGACCAGCUCCGACCGGUGAGGACGCCACUGACUGGUUUCACUGGGGACACCAUAGAGACAGAGGGGUCGAUAGUGCUCCCCGUGGAAGUUGGCAACCCCCCGCACGUGAAAAAAGUGGACAUGGAGUUCCUCGUAGUGAGGAUAGUAUGCGCCCAUGAGUUCAUCUUAGGGAGGCCUGGGCUGGCAGCGUUGGGCGGACUUAUUUCGAUGGAGCAUUUAUGUUUGAAAUUCCAUACCCCCGAGGGGGUGGGGACGGUAUGGGGUGAUCAGCAUCUCGUCCAGAAGUGCUAUAAGACGGCAUGCGAGAGAAUGCUGACGGAAGAAUUACCUGUCCAUACAGUGGAGAAGGAGGCCGAGAGGGAGAAGAAGGCGGGGCCCGAACCAGCCGUGGAGUUGGAGGAGAUCCCCUUGGACCCAAGUCGACCAGACAAAUGCGUCAGGAUAGGCAAGGGCCUUGCCCCGAGACUGCGGGAGCAGGUCAUUGCCGUUCUACGCAAAUACUCGAUGAUAUUCGCGUAG